AUUGCAGCACUUCGGAAUGGGAGUCAAUGUCAAUGUGGAAAUUAUGCUGAUUUAACGCUAUCAUAUACUAAAACAAAUAACUCAAUUUGUAAUGUUAAAUGUAUCGGCAAUUCGAGUUAUAUUUGUGGUGGGGAAGAAAGUUAUACGGUUUAUAAGACAAAAGAUGGAGUAUUAGGUCAUCCACUACCUACCAUAAGUAUUACUGAUAAAAUUGCGAUAAUUAAGAAUCAUAAUAACGAUAAUCGAUACCAACAAUGCGUUAAAGACAGUCCCUAUUGUGAUCAAAGGAUAUUAAAUGGUACAAAACUAGAGCUUGCAAGCAUGACGGUUAACAAAUGUAUUGACUUUUGUAGACAAAACAAUUUUGAAUAUGCUGGAUUAGAAAUGGGAACUCAAUGUUUUUGUGCACAUGAGUAUGAUCAUAUAAGUCAAUUAAGUUCAUAUGAAUGUAGUACUAGUUGUGCUGGUGAUAAUAAUCAGAUUUGUGGAGGUCCUUUAGCUCUUAGCGUAUAUAUUACUUCUACCAAUAUUCCAUUGCAAAUAAUUCUUCCUUGUGUUUUUGGUGGUGUUCUUUUAUUAGCAGUAGCUGCUUGGAUUAUUUAUAAAUGCUGGCCAGAAAAAAAGAUUAAGGCGACCAGCAAAAUACCGCUACCAGAAGAUUAA